UGUGUUUAUUCAAGUAUAGCAUAAAAGGAGCAGAUUCACAACUGAGGCGUAGCCUUCCAACUUUUCUCCUGCAUACAUUUUUCUUACAAUAAUAAUUCACCAGGCUCUGUUCUACCAGCAGCCCGGUCAAUGUAAUGAAAUAAAACACCUUAUAUGGCUAACAUACUAUCCGUUAUCCUUUUUAGGGUCUUGGCUUAGAGAAGAUCCGCCUCUGGAGUUUUAUAGUCUCACUGGUAUUUAUACCAAAAGCAUCGUCAGGACAGAGUCCCAGAGGGAAGGAACUCUCUAGUAGACCUGGUCCCCUGAGCCCCACCGCCUCUUGUUUCAGCCAUGUGUGAAGAGGAGACAACUGCCCUCGUUUGUGACAAUGGCUCCGGGCUGUGCAAGGCUGGCUUUGCCGGCGACGAUGCUCCCCGUGCGGUUUUCCCAUCCAUCGUGGGUCGCCCACGUCACCAGGGUGUGAUGGUGGGGAUGGGCCAGAAAGACAGCUAUGUAGGGGAUGAGGCUCAAAGCAAGAGAGGAAUCCUUACUCUCAAAUACCCCAUUGAGCAUGGCAUCAUUACCAACUGGGAUGACAUGGAAAAGAUUUGGCACCAUUCUUUCUACAAUGAACUGCGAGUAGCUCCCGAGGAACACCCCACUCUCCUCACAGAGGCACCUCUGAACCCCAAGGCAAACCGAGAAAAGAUGACUCAGAUUAUGUUUGAAACCUUUAAUGUCCCUGCCAUGUAUGUUGCAAUCCAAGCGGUGCUAUCGCUUUACGCAUCUGGCCGUACCACUGGUAUUGUUCUGGACUCUGGUGAUGGCGUCACUCACAAUGUGCCCAUUUAUGAAGGCUACGCCUUGCCUCAUGCAAUCAUGCGCCUUGACCUGGCUGGCCGUGACCUUACGGAUUACCUCAUGAAGAUCCUUACGGAGAGGGGCUACUCUUUUGUCACCACUGCUGAACGAGAAAUUGUGCGUGACAUCAAGGAGAAGCUGUGCUAUGUUGCUCUGGACUUUGAGAAUGAGAUGGCCACAGCUGCUUCUUCAUCCUCCUUAGAAAAGAGCUAUGAGCUCCCCGAUGGGCAAGUUAUCACCAUUGGCAAUGAGCGAUUCCGUUGUCCAGAAACCCUCUUCCAGCCAUCCUUUAUUGGCAUGGAAUCUGCUGGCAUUCAUGAGACAACCUACAAUUCCAUUAUGAAGUGUGACAUUGACAUCCGCAAAGACCUCUAUGCCAACAAUGUGCUUUCAGGAGGCACCACCAUGUACCCUGGUAUUGCAGACAGAAUGCAAAAGGAGAUCACAGCCUUAGCCCCCAGCACAAUGAAGAUAAAGAUCAUUGCCCCUCCUGAGCGCAAAUAUUCCGUUUGGAUUGGAGGCUCCAUCCUGGCUUCCCUUUCUACUUUCCAGCAGAUGUGGAUCAGCAAACCAGAAUACGAUGAAGCUGGCCCUUCAAUUGUGCACAGGAAGUGUUUCUAAAGACCAGAGCCAGAUUAUUCAAGAGCAUGGAGCUUUCCUUAUUUUGCAAUUCUUUCUAACCUUCAAUAAGCAUUAAAACUUUUUCAAACCA